GAGGGAAAACCCAAGAAGGCCAACAUCCGGGACAACCGAGACGGGACCUACACAGUCUCCUACGUCCCAGACAUGACAGGCCGCUACACGAUCACCAUCAAAUACGGCGGCGAUGAAAUCCCCUACUCGCCUUUCCGCAUCCACGCCUUGCCCGCCGGAGAUGCCAGCAAGUGCCUGGUGACAGUGUCCAUCGGAGGCCACGGACUGGGAGCUUGCCUUGGUCCCACCAUCCAGAUUGGAGAGGAGACAGUGAUCACGGUGGACGCCAAGGCCGCCGGGAAGGGAAAAGUCACCUGCAAGGUCUCCACGCCCGACGGGGCCGAGCUGGAUGUCGACGUAGUGGAGAACCACGACGGGACUUUCGACAUCUAUUAUACGGCUCCCGAGCCUGGCAAAUACGUCAUCACCAUCCGUUUCGGAGGCGAGCAGAUCCCCAACAGCCCUUUCCACGUGGUGGCCACGGAUGAGCCCGUCGCCCCACCGGAGAGCGUGGACGCCAUGCUGCGGCCUUUCAAUCUGGUCAUCCCCUUCGCCGUGCAGAAGGGAGAGAUUACAGGGGAGGUCAGGAUGCCUUCCGGCAAGACGGCGCGUCCACACAUCACGGACAAUAAGGACGGGACAGUGACGGUCAAAUAUGCCCCCACCGAGAAGGGGUUGCAUGAGAUGGACAUCAAAUAUGACGGCAACCACAUUCCAGGCAGCCCCCUCCAAUUUUACGUGGACGCUAUCAACGCCCGCCACGUUAGCGCCUACGGACCGGGGUUGAGCCACGGCAUGGUCAACAAACCCGCGACCUUCACCAUCGUCACCAAGGACGCCGGCGAAGGAGGCCUGUCCCUGGCCGUGGAGGGCCCGUCCAAGGCCGAAAUCACCUGCAAGGACAAUAAAGAUGGCACCUGCACCGUCUCCUACCUGCCCACCGCUCCUGGCGACUACAACAUCAUUGUCCGCUUUGACGACAAGCACAUUCCUGGCAGCCCCUUCACUGCGAAGAUCACAGGGGACGAUUCCAUGCGCACCUCCCAGCUGAACGUGGGCACUUCCACCGAUGUGUCGCUGAAGAUCACCGAGAGUGACCUGAGCCUCUUGACCGCCAGCAUCCGGGCCCCGUCCGGGAACGAAGAGCCCUGUUUGCUCAAGCGCCUGCCCAACCGCCAUAUCGGGAUCUCCUUCACCCCCAAGGAAGUUGGGGAGCACGUGGUGAGCGUCAAGAAAAGUGGCAAACACGUCACGAACAGCCCCUUUAAGAUUAUGGUGGGACAGUCGGAAAUCGGCGACGCCAGCAAGGUUAAAGUCUCUGGUAAGGGGCUGGUGGAAGGACGCACCUUCGAGAUGUCUGAAUUCAUCGUCGACACCCGGACCGCAGGCUACGGGGGUCUCGGCCUGUCCAUCGAGGGUCCCAGCAAAGUGGACAUCAAUUGUGAAGACAUGGAAGAUGGCACUUGCAAAGUCACCUACUCGCCUACCGAGCCCGGAAAUUACAUCAUCAAUAUUAAGUUCGCCGAUAAACACGUGCCAGGAAGCCCCUUCACUGUGAAGGUGACCGGAGAGGGACGGAUGAAGGAGAGCAUCACUCGCCGGCGCCAGGCGCCCUCCAUCGCCACCGUGGGCAGCACCUGUGACCUGAACCUCAAGAUCCCAGGGAAUUGGUUCCAGAUGGUCUCGGCCCAGGAGCGUCUGACCCGCACUUUCACACGCAGCAGCCACACUUACACUCGCACCGAGCGGACGGAGAUCAGCAAGACGCGCGGCGGGGAGACCAAGCGCGAGGUGCGGGUGGAAGAGUCCACGCAAGUGGGCGGGGACCCCUUCCACAACGUCUUCGGCGAGUUCCUCGGCCGCGAGAGCCUCGGCUCCUUCGGCAGCAUCGCCCGGACCCAGGAGGGGGAGGCCGGACUCCAAGCCAUGACCGCUCAAGUGACUAGUCCCUCGGGAAAGAUAGCCGAAGCGGAGAUCAUCGAGGGAGAAGACAGCGCCUACUCGGUGCGCUUCGUGCCCCAGGAGAUGGGCCCGCACACCGUCAACGUCAAAUAUCGGGGGCAGCACGUGCCCGGCAGCCCCUUCCAGUUCACUGUGGGGCCGUUGGGGGAAGGGGGCUCCCACAAAGUCCGCGCAGGGGGGCCUGGCUUGGAGAGGGGCGUGGCCAGCGUGCCAGCUGAAUUCAGCAUUUGGACCCGAGAAGCCGGGGCUGGGGGUCUCUCCAUAGCGGUGGAGGGCCCCAGCAAGGCCGAGAUUGCCUUUGAGGACCGGAAGGACGGAUCCUGCGGAGUCUCGUACGUGGUCCAAGAACCAGGUGACUACGAGGUCUCCAUCAAGUUCAACGAUGAGCACAUCCCGGACAGUCCAUUUGUGGUCCCUGUGGCCUCGCUCUCGGACGAUGCCCGGCGCCUAACCGUCACCAGCCUCCAGGGGCAGGAAACUGGCCUGAAGGUGAACCAGCCGGCUACCUUCGCGGUGCAGCUGAACGGAGCUCGCGGCGUGAUCGAUGCCAAGGUCCACACGCCCUCCGGCCUGGUCGAAGAGUGUUACGUCUCCGAGUUGGACAGCGACAAAUACGCCAUUCGCUUCAUCCCCCACGAGAACGGGGUCCACUCCAUCGACGUCCGGUUCAACGGGAGGCAUGUCCCGGGCAGCCCCUUCAACAUCCGUGUGGGGGAGCAGAGCCAGGCGGGAGACCCCGGGCUCGUCACGGCCUACGGCCCCGGCCUGGAGGGAGGAACCACAGGGGUCUCCUCCGAGUUCGUUGUGAAGACCCGAAAUGCAGGCUCCGGGGCCCUUUCGGUCACCAUCGACGGGCCCUCCAAGGUGCAGAUGGACUGCCAGGAGUGCCCCGAGGGCCACAAGGUCACUUACAUGCCCAUGGCGCCUGGCAGCUACCUCAUUUCCAUCAAGUACGGGGGUCCCCAGCACAUCGUUGGCAGCCCCUUCAAAGCCAAGAUCACGGGUCCCCGCCUGUCCGGUGGGCACAGCCUCCACGAGACCUCCACGGUGCUGGUGGAGACGGUCACCAAAGCCACCUCCUCGGUGGGUGGCAGCUACAGCGCCCUGCCCAAGUUCUCCUCGGAUGCCAGCAAGGUGGUCGCCCGGGGCCCUGGCUUGACCAAGGCCUUCGUGGGCCAAAAGAACACCUUCACCGUGGACUGCAGCAAGGCAGGCACCAACAUGCUGAUGGUGGGCGUCCAUGGGCCCAAGACCCCCUGCGACGAGGUCUACGUCAAGCACAUGGGAAACCGGGUGUACAGCGUCACCUACACCGUCAAAGAGAAGGGGGACUACAUCCUCAUCGUCAAGUGGGGGGACGAGGGCGUGCCCGGCAGCCCCUACCAAGUUAGCGUGCCCUAGGAGGGGGACGCAGCCCCACCCACCCCCCCUUGGCCCCACACCACCCUCCCCUGCCCAGAACUGGCAUCUUCCACCUGCCCAGCAGUGACCAACGGGGGGAGCGAUGGAGAAAACGCAACUCUCGGACAUUCGUCGGCCUCGCUGAGUUGGACUUUGGCCUUUUGGGGUUUCUC